AUGAUUUUACAGAAAUUACAAGGUUUGGAUGUUCUAACAUUUACACCAGCUCGUACCGCACGUGCCGGACGACCGGCAUUUAUCAAUUAUGAUGAUUUAUAUGUGUUGGAAUUUGCGGAACGUCAUGGUGGUAGCGUUUUAUCCGGUGAUCGGUUUGAUGAUAUAGCAAAAGAAUAUUCUUACAAAGAUUUACGUCGAAUAAUUAAAGAACGUCGAAUUGACGUCAUUUUUCGUCAAUUAAAUAGUGAUUUUGUACAUUAUGGACGUGAUCGUUUCUUUCGUUUUGUACCUGAACUUUGUAUUAUACGUAUGUUUGGCGGAAUAUUUUAA